CAUUUUACUUCCAAACCUCCAAACGCAGCGUUUUGUUCAUCUUGAACCCGAUAAACCCCCGACAUUUUGCUCAUCCUUUCCAACUUCUCAGCUCCACAGGACUAUGGCUGCUGUAGCUUCUGACAAGGCAGAUGGCCAAACCCAGCGGGAAUUUAACUGUGACUUGGAGGUAGAUUAUGAGUCUGAGGAAAGCGCUUCUAUUGUCUAUGCAGCAUUAGCUGUUGAUAAGGAGUUGCAACCAGAUAAGGUGAAGAGGCAGAUGUCAGUUUCUAAUGGAAAGCUUUCAGUGCACUUUGAGGCUGUUGAGGCAAGAUUUCUUCGAGCAUCAUAUAGUGCAUUUGUGGAUGUAUUGACACUUGCCACAAAAACAAUUGAAGAAUUCGGAAAAGGAAUGGAAUUGUGACCAUGAAAUGAGCUGUAAUGUAGCACAAUGAGUCAAAAGUUGGUGUUUGUGGAACUUUUCAAAGCAUGAAUUGUAGUUUGAUUUUUUAGCUUCGGACCUAUAAGAUAUCUGGAAAGAAGGUUGUCGUUCUACAGUAUACUACUUGUGAUUCAGUGUUGUCCUUUAAGACCACUUUCAUCCAUUUGCCAUGGCAAAAGGUAAGGGGAGGUAAGGGCAAUUACUGUUUAUGUGAAUAGUGACUGCCUUAGUAAUUUUUUUGAUGCAUU